AUGAAGGAGCCCAAAAUCAAGUUUUACAUCAAGCAGAUUGUGGAAGCCCUGAAGCAUCUCCAUGACAACCAGAUAGUGCAGCGAGACAUAAAGGGUGACAAUGUUCUGGUGAACACAUCCAGCAGACUGGGGAUGCUCUCUGACUUUGGAGCCUCGAAACAUCUUGCAGGUGUGAGCCAGUGCAUGCACAGCUUCAUAGACCAGAACGUGGACAAGAUGGACAGGCUGCCAGGUGGUGGUGCUCAGGCUGACCUGACCAAUGCUGCUGUUGGAGGCCGUGGCGCCACAUCUGCCCUGGAGGACCAGCUACAUCCUGGUGUCCAGUUCAAUCACCUCCCAGAGGAGACCACCCAACUUUUGGAACACCUAAUUCAGAGAGAAAGAGACUACCAGAGCUUCCUCCAGCAAACUCUGGAGCAAAAAACUCAAGAGCUCUAUCAGCUGCAGCUCAGCACGCAUGCUCCUGCAAAGGAUCCUGGGCUCUCCCAAGGUCAGAGGACACAAAUGAGUCUGUUAGACUGGCUGAAGCUGCAAGGAGCUGAUGCAAGCAUCAUUGAAAAGAUGGUCGAGGAAGGCUACUUGCUGUCUGCAAUUCCUAGUGACAUCACUAAGGAGGAUCUGAGCCAUCACUACCUGCUGGAUGGCCUCCUCUGCCAGUUCUGGAACGCCCUCUCCCGGUAUGGAAGCAGGCUUGGUGGGCCUCGCUAAACCACCAGUAAGCCCAUGGUGACGGCACAUCGGCUUUGUCUGUUAUGUGCACACAAUACAUUAGCAAGAUCUUGACACUGUAAAAACCAACAGAACCAUCAUGCCUUGGUUUGGACAACCUUUAUAUACGUACAGAUUCAGUGCCCUGGAAAAGGAGUCACCACGCAUGCUGUAGCACUGGGUGGUGGAGGAUGGGUGUGUAAAAAUACUAGCCUGGGAGUCACUGUUUUUGCUCAUGCGUAAGAGCCAGUCUAA